AUGGGUCUCCAUGAGAAUUUCCCGGCGUACGGUGGUCGCGGGCCCAGCGACUUACGCUUGGGUAUUGCUUUGGGUACGGUUGCGACCAUUUUCAUGGUGUUGCGGAUUUAUGUUCGUCUUCGUAUGAACAAGUUUGGAACCACCGCGUUGAUCUGGUCUCUUGUCGCUUGGUUAUUUACUACACUCACUCAAAUAUUCGGUAUCAUUUCGGUUCUCCACGGCCUAGGGAAUCACAUCACGAUUGUCCAAGAGGUCGGCGAACUACACAACUUCCUUCUAUUCACAUGGAUCACGGUCUUUUUCUUCAACAUGGCCAUUCCGACCGGCAAGGUCGCGGUGGCUGCAUUCUUGAUUGAGAUGAACUCACAGAGCAACCCCAAAAUCCGUCGCAGCCUUAUCGUCGUCGCAGCUCUGAAUAUUCUCGUCAAUAUCCCGCAAGUCCUUCUGGUCUGGUUCCAAUGCAGUCCCCCGAAUGCACUAUGGGAUCCGUCCCUCCAGAGCCAAUGUGAUCACCGCAAGAGUGUAUAUUAUACCUACUUUGUCGGUGCCGUGGCCGCCAUCUCCGACAUCUACCUUGCAGUCAUUCCAAUCACAAUGCUGGUCCCCCUCCGUAUCGACAAGAAACUGAAAUGGGGUCUGAGUUUCCUCAUGGGAUGCGGUGUCUUCGCCGGCGCCGCGGCAAUCGUCAGAACAUGGGCAGCCAAGUUCAUCAUGAGCGAAGACUCAUCUUACGGCGUGGGAACCCUCUUCUGCUGGGGUGAAGUGGAAGAAUGGAUCGUUCUCAUCACCAUGUCAAUUCCACCAGUUUGGCCACUCGUCCGCCCAUUGACGCAUCACUUCAUCAAAUCCACAGCCAACCGCAGCCACCCUCAAUAUAAGCAAUAUGAUUACUAUGGAAACUAUGGCUCGACAACUCGAGGCAACCAAUCUAUUGCGCCGCCUAUUGUCACGACUACUAUUUCGAUUUCUUCUCGGAAGGGUGGUCCGAUGUCUGCUACAACGGCCGGUCCAUCUUCUUCGAUCGACUCGCUUUCGAGAUUUGGAGAAGAUGAGCCUGAGACACCGCAUACUAUCUUGAGUCAUAAUGGUGAUCCGGAGGGCUGGGUGGAGAUGUCUCAUUUCAAGGAACAGAAUCGCACUUGA